GGACCGGAUGUCGACGGACAGCACACAACCCCAUACGCCCAGCCAUGAGGUGGCGGUACGUCCGCCGCCCUGUGCCGCCAACCAGUGGAAACGGGCUGCACUGAUGGCCCGGUUGGCUCCGGCAUUCCGGGAGACUGUAUCCGAUGACAGCGAGGACGAGGUGGACACCAAGAAGCAGAUCAAAUACGGCAGCGGCUUCCAGGCGGCCAAGGCCAUCAUACACGAGUACUGCGACUACACGACCAUCCAUGGCAUCCGGUAUCUGGGCGAGAAGAAGAGACCGCUCUUGGAGCGACUCUUCUGGAUCAGUGUCCUGGUGCUAUCGGUUUUCACCUGCGUCAAGCUGACCCUAAAUAUCUGGGACAAGUGGAACAACAAUCCGGUGAUUGUCAGCUUCGCCGAGAAAUCCACUCCGGUGUGGCAAAUCCCAUUUCCCGCUGUCACAGUUUGUCCGGAGACUAAAACGCGUCGUGAGAUAUUCAAUUUUACGGAUUCGUAUCACCAAGUUCGUGAUUUUCAGACUAAUGUCAGCGGCAUUGUGGACCUCACCGAUAAGCAAAAGGGAUUAUAUGGCGCUGUGUCGCAGGUUUGCGAGCCACAUUUGCAUGAUGUAACACUGGGUAAUAAAACCCGGAGGGGCAUGGAAAUCAUUGACGCCCUGACUGAAGUAUCCCCCCAUUUCGAUGACACCUAUCUGAACUGUAAGUGGCGUAACUCUCCGGUUAAAUGCAGUGAUAUUUUCCACAAAUUUGUGACGGAGGAUGGCGUUUGCUUCAGUUUCAAUUCACUCAGUCCAGCGGAGAUUUUCCGAGCGGAAGGUAUUAUUCCCGACUUUAUAUUCCGCGAGGAGAACCGACUAUCCAUGGACUGGAAUGUGGAGGAUGGUUAUAGCGCCAGUGCGGAUACAUCUCCCUAUCCAAAUCGAGUUUUGGGCCCCGGAGCUCGAGCUGGUUUAUAUCUGUUCAUGGGUGGUGCGGAGAUUGAUUUCGAUGACAUGUGUCGUGGUCCAGUUCAGGGCUUCAAGAUUUUAUUACACACACCUGGCGAUGUGGCCCAAGUGUCCAAGCAGUACUUCCGCAUACCGUUCGACCAGGAAGUGCUCAUAUCCAUUCGUCCCAAGAUCAUUACCACUUCGGAUGGUCUGAAGCACUACGAACCCAAUCGUCGGCAGUGCUAUUUCCAGAAAGAAAGGGAACUACGUUACUUCAAUAUAUACUCGCAGAGUAAUUGCGAAUUGGAGUGCCUGGCCAACUUUACGUUGACCAAAUGUGGCUGUGUUAAGUUCUCCAUGCCACGUAAUGUUAAUAUGCCCGUGUGUGGUGACGCCAGCUUGAAGUGCUAUAACCAAGCCGAGGAUGAGCUGCUGCUCAGGGAAUUCACCCAGGGCUUGGUUAACGCAGGCGAGAAUACUCGGGGAGAAACCGAGUGCAACUGCCUUCCAUCGUGUACUUCUAUUGCCUACGAGGCUGAGAUCUCACAGGCUGAUUUUGACUAUAAGACAGUAAUUAAUACUGAUUCUCCGGAGGGAAAGGAGGAGCAAGCUAAGAGGCAGGGAAUGAAGAUGUCCCGCGUGUCCAUCUUUUUCAAGGAGGCCCAAUUCUUGACCUCUCGGCGCUCAGAGCUCUAUGGUACCACCGACUUUCUUGCCAAUUGUGGUGGCUUACUUGGCCUCUUCAUGGGCGUCUCCAUGCUGAGCAUAGUGGAACUGAUCUAUUUCUGCACCGUGCGCCUCAUCUCGAACCUGAGGAUGCGCCGCAAAACCCGCAAGGAACUGCUGAAGGCGGUCAACAAGGAUGCCUAAUCGAAGGACCUCCUGUACGGCCCAUAAAUAAUUCCCAGUUUCCCAGUGAAUCCAGCUGAACUGGAAGCCAAAGUUGAGCUGACUCUGCUGCUCUGUGUUUGUUCUGCGUUAAAUGUUAAAUCUACAAACAAUGAAAAUAAAGUUGUACUCAG